AUGGCUCCCUGGACGCGUUUGGCCCUCGUGCCGCUGAUUGCGCAGGUAGUCGUCGCAUCUCCCAUGCCAGAUGCAAACCAUGAAGCCUCUCAAUUAAACACACGUGCGGCAGAGGGCUAUGAUUCUCCGCCUUACUAUCCCACGCCCGAUGGCGGCUGGGUAUCCGACUGGGCUGAAGCUUAUGAAAAAGCACAGCAGGUUGUUGGCAACAUGACUCUCGCCGAGAAGGUCAAUCUGACCACCGGAACAGGCUUCUUUAUGGGUCCCUGUGUCGGUCAAACGGGUAGUGCGCCGCGUUUCGGCAUCCCGAAUAUCUGUUUACAAGAUUCUCCCUUGGGAAUCCGAAAUUCAGAUCAUAAUACUGCAUUCCCGGCCGGUAUCACGGUCGGUGCGACGUUCAACAAGAAUCUUAUGUAUGCGCGGGGAAGAGCCCUGGGUCAGGAAUCCAGGGGUAAGGGCAUCAAUGUGCAACUGGGCCCUGCAGUUGGUCCUCUUGGACGAAAGCCUCGCGGAGGUCGUGGUUGGGAGGGAUUUGGCGCGGAUCCUACUUUGCAGGCGUUUGGAGGAGCGUACACGAUCAAGGGUAUGCAAAGUGCAGGCGUUAUUGCGACAAUCAAGCACUUUAUCGGUUACGAGCAGGAGAUGUAUCGUAUGAGCAGUAUCAUUACCAAGGGCUAUUCGUCCAAUAUUGAUGAUCGUACUCUGCACGAGCUUUACUUGUGGCCUUUUGCUGAAGGUGUUCGCGCUGGUGUUGGAUCUUUGAUGACUUCAUACAAUGAUAUCAACAGCUCGGCUGCAAGCCAGAACAGCAAGCUCCUUAAUGGAAUCCUCAAGGAUGAACUUGGCUUCCAGGGGUUCGUUAUGACCGAUUGGCUCGGCCAUUACUCUGGUGUGGGAUCUGCCCUUGCUGGUCUCGAUAUGGCUAUGCCCGGUGACGGUGCAGUUCCUCUGUUCGGUGAUAGCUACUGGGGCUCCGAGCUGUCUCGAUCUAUUUUGAAUGGCAGUGUUCCGGUUGGGCGACUCAAUGACAUGGUUACUCGAAUCGUGGCGACGUGGUACAAGAUGGGUCAGGACAAAGACUACCCUCUGCCUAACUUCUCGACCAAUACACUCGACGAGACUGGCCCUCUCUACCCCGGUGCCCUCUUUUCUCCCAGUGGUGUUGUCAACCAAUAUGUUAACGUCCAGGGAAACCACAACAUCACUGCGCGUGCUGUUGCCCGUGAGGCGAUCACCUUGUUGAAGAACGAAGAUGACCUCCUUCCCCUUCGCCGUAAUGACUCACUCAAGAUUUUUGGAACCGAUGCCGGUGGCAACUCUGAUGGUCUUAACUCAUGCAGUGACCAAGGAUGCGAUAAGGGUGUUCUAACUAUGGGAUGGGGCAGCGGAACUGCAAGGCUGCCUUAUCUCAUUACUCCCCAGGAGGCCAUCGCCAAUAUUACGAAGAACGCCGAGUUCCAUAUCACGGACUCAUUCCCAUCUGAUGUGUCUGCCAAUUCUAACGACAUUGCUGUUGUGUUUAUUAACGCCGACUCUGGCGAGAACUACAUUACCGUCGAAGGCAACCCUGGCGACCGCACAGAAGCUGGCCUCUACGCUUGGCAUAGUGGCGACGACCUCGUCAAGGCUGCCGCAGAGAAGUUCUCCAGUGUGGUGGUCGUUUACCACACUGUCGGACCCGUGAUCAUGGAAGAGUGGAUUGAUCUCGAGUCUGUCAAAGCUGUUCUUGUGGCACACCUGCCCGGCCAGGAAGCGGGUAACUCCCUUACCGAUAUCCUGUUCGGCGACUACAGUCCCAGUGGCCACAUGCCUUACACCAUCCCGAAGAGCGAAUCCGACUACCCGGAAAGCGUCAGCAUCAUCAACCAGCCAUUUGGCCAAAUCCAAGAUACUUUCACAGAGGGGUUGUACGUGGACUACCGCCACUUCAUGAAAGCCAAUAUCACCCCGCGUUAUCCCUUCGGCCAUGGACUGUCAUAUACUACGUUCAACAUCUCCAGCCCGACAAUUAAUGAGGUGACUGCUCUCAAUACCGCUUAUCCCCCAGCGGCACCUUCCAAGGGAGCCACUCCGGUAUACGACGACGCAAUCCCUGCCGCUUCUGAGGUUGCCUGGUCAUCUACCAGCUUUACCCGCAUCUGGCGCUACCUAUACCCAUAUCUGGACAACCCUGAGUCCAUUACCACCUCCGGCGAGUAUGCCUACCCUGACGGGUAUUCCACAACACCCAAGCCUCAAGCACGCGCAGGUGGCGGCCAAGGCGGAAACCCCGCUCUUUUUGACAUUGUGUACUCCAUCAAGGUCCAGGUUACGAACACAGGAUCACGUCGGGGAAAGGCCGUUGCCCAGUUGUACGUUGAGCUACCCUCUAGCUUGGGUCUCGACACCCCUGAACUCCAGCUGCGCCAGUUUGAGAAAACUAAAGAGUUGGCACCCGGUCAGAGCGAGCUUCUUACUCUUACUGUCACUCGCAAGGAUCUGAGUGUCUGGGAUGUCGUAAUUCAGGACUGGAAGGCACCUAUCAAUGGUGAGGGUGUCAAGCUCUGGAUUGGGAACAGCGUCGCUGAUCUUCCUAUCGUUUGCACUGUUGAUGGGGGAUGCUCUUCAGUCUAG